AUGGCACAUCCAGGUCCACGACGAAGUGAACCCUCUGUAUGGGAGAAACUGACGAUGGGAGCCUUAAUGGGCAGCGGCGUAGGCCUCACGAUCGGCUUCAUCUUCGGGUCUUAUAGUAUCCUCAGAGGCGGCGCAGGCCCUCGUGGCGCUAUGGCCACGCUCUCUCAAUAUAUGCUCAGCAGCGCAGCAACAUUCUCUUUUUUCCUUGCUGUCGGCUCUGUCAUACGUAAUGACGCUGUCCUCCCACCUCACCUUGAAUCUGCCCGUCUCCAAAUGCUCCCGAUGAUGGUUCGUGCACGCGCUGAGGGCGCGUCGCAGAUGCGCGCGCGAUGGGAAGCUGAGCGUCAGAGACUAAGCUCGCGUCAACCGUGA